CUGGCAGCACCGGUCAAAAAGUCAUUAUUUGACGCCUUUCUGGCGUAUAACAUUUGCUGUGAAAAAUCACGAAUAUUACAUCAAAAUCCAUAUCACUAAGUGUAUAAACAACUUAUACGGUGUUUUCCAUUAUACACAAUCAUGGACGAUGAAGAAGAGAUGUUAAUGGACCCUCCAGAUCCUGACACGACUUGUAACAUUUGUAACGCCGAGUUUCUGGACCCAGAAGACUUGGCCGUCCAUUUGACGCAAGUACACGUAGAUGAGGACCUAAUACACCCUUAUGUGACUUUAUGUCAAUUUUGCUCGGCAGUUUUUACGAACGCGGGCGAUUAUGUGACCCAUUUGACCGAUACACACUUGGCCAGUGUUAGGCGUUGCAAAUUCUGUACUAGAGCCUUUACAGACUAUAAGCAGCUACAGAGACACGAAAGUAAACAUCCUAUUUAUAAAAAGAACAUGUUAUUCUCAUGCUCACAGUGUAACAAGGUUUUUAACGAAAUUUCUGAAUUAGAACAGCACGAAUUCACGAAACAUGGCGAAAUCAAAGAAGGAGUGUUUUUAAACCGCUAUUACUCGCUCCUUUCUUCCGUUUUAAACAUAAAAGCUGUUAAAUUUCUCCAUUCGUUGGGCACGGACACUUCCUACUUCUGUACUAAAUGCGGAUACAAUUCCAAUGAUGUUAUUAACUACAUAAAACAUUUACAAAUAAAAAAUUGUGUAUCGUUGGUCUGCAAUACAUGUUCCAACGUGUAUAAAGACAAAAGUAGUCUCUGGAGACACUUGCAGGAUCACAAAGAGUGUUGGAUAGAUGCUACUGAUCAAGACAUGGAGAAAAAAUGUCAAGCGUGCCAUAAGAUGGUCAAAGUUGCAAAUUUAAAAAGUCACCGUAAAGAAUGCAAGGUCAUCAAAUGUAGUAUAUGUAAGGUUAUACUCAGUUCUAUGUACGAGUUGUCAGAACAUCAGACAAAAGCACACCCUAUGGCUAUAAUGAUGAAGUUCUGUAUGCUGUGUAAUAGAGAAUUUGUUGGGACUGUUGCUUUAGAGAAACAUAUAAAUCGGUCACAUAAAAAGCAUUUCCAUUUAUAUAAAUAUAAAUGUAUGCAAUGUGAUAAGUAUUUCAAGCAUCCUAAAGAGUUGUUCGCUCACUAUUUUUCAACGCAUCGAGAUCUGCACCCGUAUUCUUGUAAGAUGUGCGAUAAGAGGUUUAGAAUACGAAAAGCUUUUACUCUACAUAUUAAAAUGGAACAUAAAAGUGAGGGAUAUGUGGAAUUUGAUGAAAACUAUCAUGUUUUCUUUGCUGCAGAAAAGUCUGCUAACCCAUUUCAACCUACAAGUUUUUUCCAAAAUGACAAUGAAACCAAUGAAAAUGUUACAGAAACAGAAGUAGAACAAACAGAUGCUGAAGUGAUGCAAGUUCCGGAAACAACUGAUGCAGAAACAGAUAUUGAGAAAAUAAAGACUGACAACCGUAAACAUCCCAAAAUGAGGUUUAAACAACCUAGAAAAGAUGUUAGUCUACAAUCAGAUUUUUUGAACAGCGAAGCAGAAAAUCGAACUGAAAAUGAAACUAAUAGAAAGGCUAAUAACAUGAAAUUAAUAGAGAAACGAAUUACUCGAAAGCGUAAUAGGAAAAUAAUUCAGAAAAGUUUAAAAAAACGACGCACCACAUUCAGUGAGAAUUUUUCCGAAGACGAACCAUUGAGUAAACUGAGACACGUUUCAAGAAAAUCUAAAUCAUAUAACCGUAAUGUAUCACUCAAGAAUCGUAAACUGACUGGUCGUAAUAAAAAGAGAUUUACUUGUGAAAUUUGUAAUGAAUAUUGCUACACAUUCCAGAACUACAAUCAUCAUAUAAGCACCCACAGUAAUAGGGAAGAAAAGAAAUGUAUUAAAUGUUCAAAACGAUUUAAAAGUAACGAUGACUUGACUAAACAUAUGAAAAAGAAACACUCAACAUCGAAACUAACUGAAACAUUAAAAAAUUUACUUGAAAGACGUAAAUUGGGUAAAAAUAAUCCAGUGCCACAGCUAACUAUGCAGGAAAGGUUCAAAAGAACAAUCAAAAUGGUGAAAGAGCAGCCUGUUACUGAAGUGGCAAAGUUAACAGAAGUCCCGGACAAGUUAUCAGUACAGAAAUUUAUCGAAAGCUUUACUCCAGAAGAGAAUACAAAAAAACCAGAAGUACUCAUCAGCACCAGUGUUACUAUCACACCUAUUAACCAAACAAUUUAUAAACAACCUCUGAUAAAAAUGAAAAAAUUCACUCCACUGCAAGAAAAGAAUACUAAACAGGUGAAGUUAUCCAUGCCUGUGCGUUACAAACAAACAAAUACCGAACAAUAUAAUGUAAGUGUACGAUUGAUACAAAAACCUUUUCCUUCAAUCAACGCAUCAGUUACUCAAUCUGAAGAGCUCUCUGUUAGAGACUAUGAAUCACACAAUGAAUUCAUUGAUUACGAAGAAGAAAUAGACAGUCAUGAUAAAAAUGUUCCGGAUGUAGCUCAAGAAAUCAUGUUAGAAGAAGAAAAACCCAGAGUGAUACCGCAUAAAUUGGUUAUUCCAAAGCUGGAGAAAACUGAAUUGAAAGAAAUGCGUAUAGCACACUUGUUACCAGAAGCACCAUACUUCAAAAUAGUAAAAAUGAAAGAGGUGUUAGCUCAAAAAGCUAAAGAAAAAGAAGUAUUACCAGACCCAAAAGAAGAACUACCAAAAUUACCUGACGGUACAAAACUAGUUAACGUAAAUCCUCUAGCGCAUCUGAUAGGCAAUAAAUCAAUAGAAAGCAUAGUGGGACCAGCAAACAAAUACAGGCCAAAAUCAAGGGAUAGUUUCGAAAGAGCUAUAGCACAAGCUCUGCUUAAAUUGGACAGUCCUUUACCAAUGAGGACGGUGAAGCGACGUGGUAAAAGAGAUUUAACUUCUACCGUUGAAACUUAGUUUGUAGAUGGAAUGUCUAUUUACAACCAGUCUCUCUAAUUUUUUCACAGUUACACGUUUACGUUCGUAAAAUGUUACAAUUGACAAUUAGACUUCACAUGGUGACCAUUGACCUUGAUUAAUUCAGGUUAUAUGUACCUGUACAAUUGUAUUUUUAUGCUAGUUUCAAAUAUUAUGCAUAUCAAUGUUCUGUUAAGAAAGCCGCGCUUUGGUAAUACACACAAGAAUUGGACUUUGCCGUUCAUAUUUUUGCGACAAUACAAAGAAAUGACAGCAGUUCUUGGGUGGCUAAUGUUCCAAAAAUUACAAAUCUAUGACCUGUAUUAACUAAAAUUAGUAGCCAUAGAGAUCAAAGAGUUCGUCCAGGGAAGUACUGCCACCCUACCUAUUUGCAUUACCGGUUUUGCUUUCUGCAUUACUGCGUUCCGGUACAGGCACAUGGGUCUUGUCGACUUAUGUCUUAGGGUGACAUUUAAACCACUGCAACUGUUAUGCACGGCGUGUCGCUUACAUUAAGGCACACGUCUUGUUCGUCCCGUCACUAUCAUAAAGUUCUUUUUACUACUUUUGUCAUUGAAAUUGCGACUUCACGUCAUAAUCUUAAGGUAUAUUACUUUUCGUCACCUAAACCUUCACAUCCCGCCAGUAGGCCAGUCCGAAACUAAAGCAGUAGGCCUGAGCCAGUUCGAAAAAGCUUGCCCGUGCAAUAAGAGCGAAAAAGACAAUGCACUUUUUCUGGCCAACUUAAUGUUAUACUGUGACAAUCAGCGUAGUGAUUUACUAAAUCAUAUCUCACCUUAAUACAUAACGUCGGCGAUGGUGCAAAUCCGCGUAUGUAGUAGUGGUAAAAAGCGCAUAUCUGAACAAAACCAAAUUUCACAGAGGGAUUUAACAUUAUAACUUUGUUAUUUCAAUGGCUACGACUCAUUUUUGCACAGUAAGCAUUAAUUUAUGUUGUCUACGGACUGAUAAUAAUAGAUUCCCGUAAAUCACGCUAAUUUGGAUGCCACGACGAUUUGGCGACUAAAUUACCGAAAUGGAGACUCAAUCAAAUGCUAUCCUUGAUGAUGAGUUGAAUGAGCCUAUAGUGUCACUUCCUCUUAGCCUUUAAAACUGGAACGCAGUAAUGCUUACAUUACUUGCUGUCAGAAGUACAUAUUAUGGUGACAGUACUUCCCGGGAUUAACUCUUUCACAAGAAUCUUUACUUUUAAUGUUCGAGUGAAUCUUGAACGAUACUCCCUUAUGCCGUGUUAACGAGUGGUUCACAUGCGUUUUUCGCUUGCUUCCGUAACUCGCGUCACACAUACGCAAAGAUCUGUCGCGUACGCGCAGGCAGGACUCUUCACGAGUCUUGCAUUGCGUUGCGUGAGCUUGAUAUUUUCACGCAAGCAACAGGGAACGUUUACGGAGGACAGCACCACUGGCCAAUCACAGAGCAGCAGGAAGUGCACGCGUCCCCAAGACUCCUGACCGCCUUAACGCGGAAAGCAAAUUUCUACACCGUGUACCCAGUCUACGCAAGCAAGCGAAACACGCAAGUGUAAGACGCGCCAUCAACGGAUUUCGGAUAUUUAUUUCUAUGAGCUUAAAAAUACCUACCUUUGGCGAUCAUGCUUGUAUUUAAAUGUCCAAAUGCGGCAGUUUUGCACUGGUAAAAUAAUUUGUAGAGUUAAAAACCUAUUAUUGUUUAUUUGAAACUCUUUAAUUAGUAGAAUAUAAAUCAAUAGUAAAGUAAUUAUGAAUAUUAUAUAGGUUGUAAAUUAUCUAAAUUGUGGUUUUUUUUUCCGUGAAUAACCAUCACAAUAGAUUUGAUUUUCAUAUUUGUAAACUAAAUUGAUGAAAUGAUGUUUUUUACUAUGUAUC